GGGAAGGAGUGCUCAAUUAUUGCAUAACUAAACCUAUUCUGGUAAAAAGUUGGCAAUCAAGACACAAAAUGUUACGUAUAGCCAUAGCAAGACUAAACAAGCACCCGUAUAGUGUUGAUCUAAAAAUAUUGAGUGAACAGAAGAAAAGGGAAACCAAACACAGCCGAUUGUCUGUUUCAACCGUGUUUGGGAGAUGCUCGCGGAAGGCCUGGGAAAAGACAAAGAGUCUGUAUGGAUUUUUUGUUCCUGAGGGAUACAAAGGUGGUGCCGGUAGAUAGCUGAGCUAUUCAUAAGAAGAUUACAUUAUUACUAUUGUUAUUGAAAAUUUUUUACAUUGCACAAUGAUUAUUGGCUUCAAUAUCAUGAUCAGAUU